AUGCGCUUCUUCCAUUUUAUUCUUCUUCUAUUAUUCUCCAUUUCUACAGUACCUGCUUUUCUGUUGUACGGAUGCAACCUUAGCGAUAAUUUAUGCGACAAUGACGAAUCGUGUUAUCCGGACGGCGUGUUCGGACAGUGCUUCUCACCGGAGAGCGGAUCACCGGAACCCACUGUCCUCGACAAUCUAGAUGACACUCAACUGGAAUUGCUGAAACUGGAGCUGACGAGACUGGCAUCAAAGGAUCGGGAUUGGGGAGAUGAGGAGACGCAGUGUGUGCUCGCCUAUUUCAAAAUGUCCAUGUUCUAUCAGCUACAGUACGAUCCGGACUUCUGUCAAGUCAGAAAGCCAGCUAAUGUUUGGGCAUUGAUCCAGUUGAUUGACACGGGGUUGUCUGAAGAUCCAUCGCUUUUGGAUGAAGAGGCAGCGCAACCGGAGAAUGUGACUGAUGAGGAUAUGGCUCAGAUUAUUGAACAACUCAAGGAACCAUCAUUGCCAACAGAAGAAGACAUCGAGGAAGCCCUGAACGCUGAGAAUGAAGACGUGGAUGACGAGAUUCUGGAUCAAUACGUCCAGGCUGUUGUGAACAAUGAGAAUCCGGAUUUCUCGGAACUGUCGGAUGCGAUUCUGAAAAAGGAUAUUGAGCAAGUUGGAGAGGUAAAUCAAGGAUUGGACAAUACGGAACACAAGAUUGUCAAAGGAAGAAAAGAUCAAGUGGUGACACGUGUUGAUGCCAAUCGAGUCUAUUUGAAGGUCCACCUGAAGAAUGAAGAUCAAUUGAUGCCAUUGAUUGAGUUCCUUCAGAAUACUAUCGCCAUUCCGAACAACCUCUAUUUUGAUGAUUUCCAAUUCGAUAAUGGGCAGUUAUCCAUGCGAAUCUCGCGAUUCGAAGGAGCAAAACCGAAAGCCGAGAAGCGGAUUGAUUCUGUUGAAGGUGUCGCGUCGGCUGUUUACAAACGACGAAAGGAUAUUGCUCGCUUGUCGGGAGCCGAUGUUCGGGAGACAGGAAUUGGAAGUGGAGAGGAUGGAAGUCUUCCAGUUGAAUCCUCGGAACGUGACUGGCUUCUGAUGCCAGUUUUGUUCGUUUGCGCAUUCACUGUCACUGCAUUGGGACUUGUUGCCGCUGUUCAAAUCGCCAGAUCUCGUCGUCAUUACAAGGAUAACAUCCAGCAAAUCGCUGAGCAACUCGAUGGAAAAACAUCGUUCGCCUAUCAGGAUCUGUGCAGACAGAGAGCCGAUGGAGGACGUGCUUCAAAGUCGAGCUCGACGUCUUCAUGGUGUGAGGAAACUGCCGCUCCAACCAUUGAUAUUUCCACUGGACAUGUUGUUUUGAACUUCCUCCAAGAAUAUCUCUCGGAACCAACCAAGAUCGAGGCUCAAUGGAAUGGUAUCAAGGACUACCAUAAUGAGGAACGAACCAAGACCAAGGCUGAAAAGUUUGCCGCCCAGAACCGAACGAUUCUUCCAUUUGACGACAACAUUGUUGAUAUCGACGGAAAGACUGCUGAAAAUGAGGAGUUCUACUUGAAUGCCAGCUUUAUCUAUGAUGAUGAUCCAAGACAAGCCGUCUACAUCGCCUCCCAAACUCCAGCCAGCAACCAAGUCGCCGCAUUCUGGCAAACAAUCUGGCAACACGGAGUCUGCCUCGUCGUCAACCUGUCAACUCCAGAAGAAUGCAAACAAGAAAAGAAUUAUUGGCCAGAUACUGGAAGCGAAGUUCAUGGAGCAUUCGAAAUUCAUUUGGUUUCUGAGCACAUUUGGUCCGACGACUACUUGGUCCGUUCAUUCUACCUGAAGAAUCUCCAGAAUAGUCAAACAAGAACCAUCACUCAAUUCCAUUAUCUCUCAUGGGCAAAGGAUUCAACUCCAACCAGUGCUAAGAGCAUUCUGGAAUUCCGACGCAAGGUCAAUAAAUCGUAUCGUGGACGCUCGUCGGCUGUUCUUGUUCAUUCUUGGGAUGGUUCUGGAAGAACUGGUGUCUAUUGUGCUGUUGAUGUUCUCUGUGCACGUCUUCUUCGUGGAAUCCGUCAAAUCGAUGUCGUCGCAACUGUUGAGCAUUUGAGAGAUCAGAGAGAUGGAAUGGUUGCCACUGGAGAUCAAUUCAAACUUGUCUAUGGAUGUGUCGCCCAGGAAGUCAAUCAUCUUCUGAAGUCAAUUGCCGCCCAAUAA